AUGAGACGUGGUGAAUCAUCAGUUGCAUUUGGCAUUUUGUCAUUCCUUUGCAUUCAUGCUUUCAUGUUGAGUUUAGUUGAAGCCAGAUAUGUUACGAGGGUGAUAGAUGAUCAUGAUCAAGAGGGUGGUGGAAGAGGGGGAGACUUUGGAAAUGGUGGAGGAGUGGUUGGUGGGUUUGGGAAGGGUAUUGGGGCUGGACUAGGUGCUGUUGGCAAGGGAGGAGAUUUAGGCGGUGGUGUUGGAGGAGGAGUGGGCGUUGGCAUUGGGUUUGGGUUUGGCAUUGGUGGAGGAUUUCGUAAGGGUGGCAGUAUUGGAAGAGGAGUUGGAAAGGGUGGUGGUGGUGGUGGUUUUGGUAAAGGUGAUCAUGGCUCUGGAAAGGGUGGUGGUUUUGGAAAAGGUGAUCAUGGCUCUGGAAAGGGUGCUGGUGGUUUUGGAAAAGGUGAUCAUGGCUCUGGUGGUGGUGGUGGUUUUGGAAAAGGUGCUCAUGGCUCUGGUGGUGAUGGAGGAUCUGGAAAGAGCGGUGGUUUUGGAAAAGGUUGGGGCUUUGGGAACGGUGGUGGUACUGGUUUUGGAAAAGGUUGGGGUUUUGGUGGUGGUGGUGGUGGAGGGUUUGGGAAGGGUAGUGGUUUUGGUGGUGGUGGUGGUGGAGGAUUUGGGAAAGGUGGAGGCAUUAAUUAG